GUCUAACUGGUCUUAACCAAGUCAAAAUCUGUUUCCAGAGCUCCAUUUGUAACUUGGGAUGAGCGGAUACCUUUCAUCAUGAUUGAGAACUACGCAGAAAUGAUUAUGGACGAAACAUUGACUCCGGAGGAGGAUAAAGAACGAAUUUGGUUUCUCAUAAUAACCGUCGCCACAGGACAUCCAGGUGUCUCGAAGUUCAUAGACCAUGUUUUCGAUGCCACGUAUAAUUAUACCCUGGAGAAAGGAGAGCUCCCUCAUGUGCGCUUUGGUCGAAUUGAUUAUUCCAAUGUUACGAGUAUCACCACUAAACGGGCUGUCUGGUCUUGA